AUGGCUGAUGUUUUGUGUAGAGAUUUUGAAACUAUAUGGAAGUUUUUUUCUGAUGAAUUGAACAAUUCUAAAGAAUAUUAUUUUAAUUCUGGAAUGCUCAAGAAUUAUUGCCCUAGUAAUAAUUGUGACACUAAUAUCAAGAAGAUUAACGCUGGGUGUUUAUGGUUAUUUAAUGCAUUUUUUGGUAGAUCUGGUACUUCAAAUUAUGGAGAUAGAUAUAAGGACGUGGUUUUAUGUAUUAUGAUAUGGUUAAGUUAUAAAUUAAGCCUAAAUCCAUCUGAUAACAUCACCACAUUAAAAGAUUUUUAUUCGAAUAAUAUCGAAAAUAACGAGGAGUACGAUAAGCAUAAACCUAAUGAUGAAAAUUAUACCAAUUAUAAGAAAAUGAUAGAUGAAAUGAAGGACUAUAUGGAUAUUAAUAUUAGUCAUAUGUCUAAAUUUUAUGAAUUACUUAAACUAUUAUGUAAUAUGAAUACUGCUAAUACGAAAAAAGAUAAUGAUAGUGUUUUUUUACAAUAUGCUAAUCAAUUUGUUAAUAAAUAUGAAGAACUUUUUAAUGAUGAUAAUAAUAAUGACAAUAAUUCAUACAAUAAAGUAUUAGGUGUUUUUUCCAAAUAUUAUAAUAAUUUUGGAAGUAACACACUUUUUAGUAAUACACCAAAAAAUCUUCCUCCAUUACCAACAGAAAAAACAGGCAAAAAAGGAGAAGCAGUAGAUUCUAAAGCAACUGAAAUAACUGUAUCAUCGAGUGGAACCGAUAAAUCAAAUCAUGUAAAGGAAAACCCGAGUUCUAACAUCACAUUGCCAGGUUCAUCACUAGUAAAUAAAUUAAUUCCAGUUUUAUCGAUACUAUUUGCAAUAGCGAUUUUUUGGGGAAUUGCUUAUAAGUAUUCGUUAUUUGGAUUUCGAAAAAGAGCUCAAAAACAAUAUUUAAGAAAAAAACUAAAAAAAUAA